AUGGCUGGGUCCUCCACCUCCGCCGCCCGCUCCUGGUCGUCGGCGCUAGAUGGAAAGUCCGAUGAGGAGAAAGAGGAGCUUCUGGACAGAAUGUUGACUCGAUUGGCACUAUGCGACGACUCCAAGCUUCAGGACUUGCUCGCAAGGAUUCUCCCUCUCUCCAUUGCCGCGCUCGCAGCUGCCUCAACCUCUCUACGAAAUAAAGUUAUUGAAAUCCUGAGUCAUGUGAACAAGAGAGUGAAACACCAACAAGCAAUUGGUCUGCCUUUAUCUGACCUAUGGCAAUUGUACGUGGAAUCUGGUUCUGCUCCUAUGGUUAGGAACUUCUGCAUCGUAUACAUUGAGAUGGCGACUGAUCGAGUGCAUGUAGAGGAGAAACAAUUAUUAGCUCCCGUCUUUCUAGCCAACAUUUCGAAGAUCCCUCUUCAACAUCAAGAUAUAUUACUCAGAAUUGUAUUAAAGGUAAUUGGUGAGUGCCAUGCAUCUCAAGUUGGAAAUGAAGUGCUGGAAAAGUAUAAGCAAUUAGUUGGGUCUAAAGACUGCGAGAUAUUUCUGGAAUUUUGUCUUCAUGCAAUUUUGUAUCAGCCAUCCUCCUCUCAGAGUGGAAGACCCCCAGCUGGGCUUUCAACUUAUCAAACUGAACGUGUUACUGGAAAACAUGCAGUGAGCAGUGAUGUGCUAUGCAACAGAAAGUCCGGAAUACUGAACAUCAUUGAAGCUCUGGAGCUUCCUCCUGAAUCUGUUCAUCCCAUAUAUAUUGCUGCUUGUGCUGACAGUCAUGAAUCUGUUCUCAAAAAGGGGGAGGAGCUCUUGAAGAAGAAUACAUCUCGUGUGGAUUUAGAGGAUCAGACACUGAUUGGCAGACUAUUUCUAUUAUUUAAUGGAACUGCUGGCUCUGAAAGCGUUACUCCAGAACUAAAAGUAAAUCCUGGAAGUUUAACUCUGAGAAUGAGGCUGAUGUCUAUUUUCUCCCGAUCGAUUACUGCGGCAAACAGUUUCCCAUCAACUUUGCAGUGCAUUUUUGGGUGCAUAUUUGGAGUUGAUGCCACCUCCAGGUUGAAGCAGUUGGGGAUGGAAUUUACAGUUUGGGUCUUUAAACAUGCGAAAAUGGAACAAUUGAAGCUUAUGGGCCCUGUUAUACUUACUGGAAUUUUAAAAACGCUUGAUAAUUUCUCCUCCCAGGAUUCAGAUGCCAUAGCUAGGGAGACUAGAAGCUUCUGUUAUCAAGCAAUUGGGUUGCUUGCACAACGCAUGCCACAACUCUUUAGGGCUAAAACUGAUGUUGCUGUUCGACUCUUUGAUGCACUGAAGCUUGAGGGGCAGAAUCUCCGCCUGAUUGUUCAAGAAGCGACAAAUUCUCUUGCUGUUGCUUAUAAGGAUGCCCCCAAACAGGUGUUAAAGGAUGUGGAGUUGAUUCUCUUACAAAACUCUCAAGUGGAACAAAGUGAAGUACGCUUUUGUGCUUUGAGAUGGGCAACUUCCUUGUUUGAUAUGAGACAUUGUCCGAGCAGGUUUAUCUGUAUGCUUGGAGCAGCAGAUUCGAAAUUGGAUAUAAGGGAGAUGGCGUCGGAAGGUUUGUUUCCUGGUGAAGAUCAGAGCAGGAAUCUGUCCCGAAGUUCUUCUCCCGAGUACCCUAAACUCUCAGAGAUGCUGGAUUAUAUUCUAGAGAAGCGGCCUGCUAUCCUUGAAUUUGGUGGGAUAGGAGAUACAAAUCUUCUUUUCCCGUCUAAGACUUAUGUGGCUAUGAUCAAAUUUUUGUUGAAGUGCUUUGAGGCAGAAGUCGCACAAAAUAACAUCACUGAGAACUCUGAGUUUUUACUCUCAGUUGAAAGGUUGUGUUUACUGUUGGAACAUGGUAUGGCAUACGAAGGUUCUGUUGAGCUGCAUGCGUCAGCGUCUAAAGCACUAAUUACUUUGGGAUCUCAAUUUCCGCAGAUGAUCGCCUCUCGCUAUGCCGAAAAAGUUCUAUGGAUUAAACAGUAUCUGACUCAUUUGGACUCUGAUACACGCGAAGCUAUGGCACGUUUACUUGGCAUUGCUUCCUCUGCCCUUCCCGUCUCCUCUUCAUCUGAAGUUAUUGGUGAAAUAGUUUCUUCAGUUAGUGGAAUGACAAAAUUGAGAUUUGAAGCACAACAUGGGCUGCUAUGUGCUUUAGGAUAUGUUACAGCAAAUUGUGUGAUGAAUUCUCCUCCUAUUUCAGAGUCCGUGCUUCAAAGUGUUUUGCAAUGUUUGAUUGCCGUCAUUAAUAAAGAAUCAGCCACAUUAGCCUCCGUGGGAAUGCAAGCCCUGGGUCAUAUUGGAAUCUGCAUACCACUGCCUCCACUGCUUGUUGAUUCUACUGCAGUUUCCACUUGGACCCUCUUACAUGAGAGAUUGAGCAAGCUGCUCUCUGGUGAUGAUAUCAAAGCAGUCCAAAAAACUGUUAUCGCAUUGGGACACAUGUGUGUUAAAGAAUCAUCUCUUUCACAUCUAAAUGUUGCUCUUGAUUUGAUUUUCAGCCUUUGCCGUUCAAAGGUUGAGGACAUCUUAUUUGCAGCUGGGGAGGCUCUUUCAUUUUUAUGGGGAGGUGUUCCUGUCACUGCUGAUUUGAUACUAAGAACUAAUUAUUCUUCUCUGUCUAUGAGUUCCAACUUUUUAAUGGGAGACACGUCCUCAUGUCUACCUAGGCUACCGUCAAUUGGCCAAAAUGUUGAAGAUUAUCAUGCUACAGUUAGAGAUGCUAUUACCAGGAAACUAUUUGAUGCCCUAUUAUACAGUACAAGAAAAGAGGAGCGUUGUGCUGGGACUGUCUGGUUACUCUCACUUACAAUAUAUUGUGGCCACCAUGCAAGCAUCCAGAAAUUGCUUCCAGACAUCCAGGAAGCGUUCUCACACCUCAUUGGUGAACAAAAUGAACUUACACAAGAGUUGGCAUCUCAAGGCCUCAGUAUUGUUUAUGAACUUGGUGAUGAUGCUACGAAGAAAAGUUUGGUUAAUGCACUUGUUGGUACUCUAACUGGAUCUGGGAAGAGGAAAAGGGCAGUUAAGCUGGUUGAGGAUUCUGAAGUAUUCCAAGAGGGUGCCUUUGGUGAAAGUCCUAGUGGAGGAAAAUUGAGCACGUACAAGGAGCUCUGCAGUCUUGCUAAUGAGAUGGGGCAACCUGAUUUAAUUUACAAAUUCAUGGAUUUAGCCAAUUAUCAGGCAUCUCUAAAUUCAAAAAGAGGUGCUGCUUUUGGUUUUUCUAAAAUAGCCAAGCAUGCAGGGGAUGCUCUACAACCUUAUAUCCGUGCGUUGGUUCCAAGACUUGUUCGCUAUCAAUAUGAUCCUGAUAAAAAUGUGCAGGAUGCAAUGGCGCACAUUUGGAAAUCAUUGAUAGCAGAUUCAAAGAAGACCAUUGAUGAACAUUUGGACCUCAUAUUUGAUGAUCUCUUGGCACAAUCUGGAUCUAGGCUUUGGCGCUCCAGAGAGGCGUCAUGUCUUGCCCUUGCCGAUAUACUUCAAGGACGCAAAUUUGGCCAGGUUGAGAAGCAUUUGAAAAGAAUAUGGGUAGCUGCUUUUCGGGCAAUGGACGACAUAAAGGAAACUGUCAGAAAUGCUGGUGACAGGUUAUGCCGUGCUUUGGUAUCAUUAAGUGGGAGGUUGUGUGACGUCUCUCUUACCCCGGUUGCAGAGGCAAGACAAACAAUGGCUAUACUUUUGCCUUUGCUGCUAACAGAAGGCAUAAUGAGUAGAGUUGAUAAUAUUCGCAAGACAUCCAUUGGUAUGGUUACGAAGCUUGCUAAGGGUGCAGGAAUUGCAAUUCGUCCAUACUUAGAUGAUCUAGUGUGUUGUAUGUUGGAAAGCCUGUCAAGCCUUGAAGACCAAGGAAUGAAUUAUGUUGAGUUGCAUGCGCAAAAUGUUGGGAUACAGACUGAAAAACUUGAGAACUUGAGAAUUUCAAUUGCUAAAGGAUCUCCGAUGUGGGAAACUCUUGAAUUCUGCAUAGAUGUUAUUGACUCCCAAACACUAGAAAACUUGGUGCCUCGGCUUGCUCAGCUGAUCCGAUCUGGCAUUGGUUUGAACACCAGGGUUGGUGUAGCAAACUUUAUCAGUUUGCUUGUCCAGAAAGUUGGUGCUGACAUCAAACCAUUCACAAAUAUGCUAUUAAGGCUUUUACUUCCGGUUGUGAAGGAUGAGAAAAGUGCUUCAUCCAAGCGUGCCUUUGCGAACGCAUGUGCAAUGGUUUUGAAGUAUGCAGCUCCAUCACAGGCCCAGAAAUUGAUAGAAGAUACUGCAAAUCUGCAUUCUGGAGAUAAGAAUGAUCAGAUUACAUGUGCCAUCCUAUUGAAAAGCUAUGCUUCCACCGCGGCUGAUACAUUAAGUGGAUAUCAUGCCAUUAUAGUCCCUGUUAUUUUUGUUUCAAGAUUUGAGGAUGACAAGACAAUAUCUAGUCUUUAUUUGGAAUUAUGGGAGGAAAACAUGAGCAGUGAACGAAUAACUCUUCAACUAUACUUGGGAGAAGUUGUUGCUCUUAUCAAUGAAGGGCUCUUGUCAUCCUCAUGGGCAAGUAAAAAGAAGGCAUGUUUUGCAUCGCAGGCAAUAUGCAAGUUGAGUGAAGUGCUUGGUGAAUCACUAUCUUCACAUCAUAAUGUUUUGCUCACUUCUCUUAUUAAGGAAGUUCCUGGGCGUUUGUGGGAGGGAAAGGAUACAGUACUAGAUGCAUUGUCUACUCUUUGUACCUCGUGUCACGAAGCUAUUUCUGCUUCCAAUCCUGAUGCUCCAAAUGCUAUACUGAACCUUGUAUCAUCAGCAUGCACAAAAAAGGCACAAAAAUAUCGUGAAGCUGCUUUUUGCUGCCUUGAACAGGUUAUCAAAGCAUUCAACAGACCAGAAUUCUUCAAUAUGAUUUUUCCAUCUCUAUUGGAGAUAGGCAAAUCACUUGGUUCUAUGAAAUCCGUUCAAAUAUCAUUGACAAGUGAUGUUAAAGCAGAUACUGACGAGCGUGACAGUGCUCCAGCUGCUUUGCUUGAUAAAGUAUUAAGUUGCAUUACUGCCUGCAUCCAAGUGGCUGGGAUUGGUGAUAUUAUUGAGCAACAGAAAAACUUCAUUGAUUUAUAUAUAUAUUCUCUCUCUCCUAGUUUCCCAUGGACAGUAAAGUUGAUGGCGUUUUCUUCCAUAAAGGAGCUUAUCUCAAAGUUGAAAAGUGGUACAAACAGUUGUCAGGAUUCUUCUAUGCAAUCCAAAGUUGGCACUUUUAUUCACGAGUUAUUUUACUCGGUGUCGCCUGAAGUGCUUAAAACUUUUCGUACAAUACAAAUCGGACAGGUUCAUAUAGCGGCAGCUGACUGCCUCCUGGAAUUAACGAAUCAAUACAGUGCUAUUCCACCAGUCAAUUGGACUGAAUUGGCAUUUACUACCGAGCUUCUUGAUCUGUGCCAAGUGGAAAAAAGUGAACAGGCUAAAUCUUUGUUGAAGAAAUGCAUCGACAUUUUAGCAAAGCUGAAGGAGAACGUAAGUAAAAUCCCCGCCUAA